AUGUGGGUUAACGCGGCUCUUCGGUACACCUCGUGCCGGUCACGCCACACAGCUGUGGCCGCAGCGCUGACAUCCGUCGCAGCUCGUCGUUGUCUGUCCACCAGCGAUGGUGGCGGUCCUUCCUCGACUGCAGCGAGAGUCACGGCUUCGCCUGUCUCGGUACCACCCGUACAGAACACACAAAAAGAGAGCCGAUUCACGCGUACAAGUGCACCGAGCUCAACGCCAAUGCGCAUGACAGCGGGCCUCGGAGACGCAAGCACCGGCACCGCACACGCGGUGGGCACUGCUGCUUUUCCGAGUGUCGAGGACAACACCGCGCACAUCCCCUACUCGCCGAACAUACGCUCGAACCGCAUGCUCGUGAUGUACUUGCAGCGGGUGCAGACGGUACUGCGUCGCAACCGGCGCCCUUCUGUGGAAGCGCUCAGUCGAUGUGAGCUGAACAAGAUCCUGUUCCCAGCGAUUAAAGGCGUAGACGUGCCGACGGUAACUCUGCUGCUGCAGACGUUGCAGAUGGCUGACGUAAGCGAGACGGCGCCAAUUGUACAAGACGCCGUGGCAUGGUUCAGCCUCUACGGGUAUAACCUCUCCCUGCCGAAGUUUAUUAAAGUGAUGGCGCUCCUGCACCACUUCAACGCCCCUCUCGUGAAAGACUGGAUUCAAUCGGUACCGCAGCGGCUACCUUCGCGGGAUGCAACGUCGUUGACGGCCACGCAGGCGGUCACCGUGCUAACGGCUGCGCUGCCCUGCCUGCGGUUCCCGACCGUCGAGGAAACGGAAGGUGGGUUGAAGGAAGCGGAGGUUGCUCCGGCUGCUGCAGCCCUCGUGGAGCUGGCGGAGCUGCUGCGGGAGCAAUGUAAAGGGGCGGAGUUCGUAGCCUGUGGUGCUUCUCUCAUCGCGGAUCUACUGCGUGCGUUGUUGACUUUCAAGGCGUCUCGCGAGUGGCCUUGGGCACGCAACAAGAAUGCCUGGUUAGCGUUGGAGGAAGCAACGUGCUUGAUACUCGCCACGCCGUCGCAGGCGGAUACGAUGGAGGUGGCGACGGCCGUCCGGCUGCUCACAGCACUCUCGGACGUGGCACCACGAGGUCAACACGACGCUGAUUCUGGCGGGGCAGCAGAUGCGACUGCCGAGGCGGAAGAGCGCCUCGCGACAGUGCUAACACAACGGUUGACGACUGCUGUGGAGGCACUGCAGAGUGUUGCGCCGGUUGCCGCUGCCACAGCAACCGACGAGGCGCCACAGUACGCCGUGUCGGAGCUGCCGUCGCCAUGGCGAGCGCGUGAUGUGCGAGAGGUUUGGAAUACGUGCCUGCGGAGCAGCGCUGCCUCAGCCAUGGCUAAGGAGCUAGCUGACGGUGAGCGGCCAGUGGUCGAUUCUGCAUACCAGAAACUGCUGGCUGGCUUCCAGGCAUCUCUUUCUACCUUCAUCACACAGCUCUUUGUGGCGCAUCGUGGUGAUGUUGGGGUGGCAGAAAUGGCGUUUGCCAUGGCUCUCGGGAUUGCCCAAGCAGAUCGGGCCGCCGCACAACGUGCGCGCGACACGCGGCCCGUUACGAGCGAGUCCUCCUCGACUUUUUCCCUCAAUACCGCCACGCCCGUCGGGUCGCACGUAGCAGAUGUCAUCCCGCCGGCGCUGGUGGAGGCACUGCUGCAGAGCAGUUCCGACCAACUGCACGCACGCAGCGUGACAUGGACACCAGCAACAGUGCGAAGCGCUGUAUCGCUCUUUGAGCACCGCAGCGACGGCGCGCACCGGACGCGGGCGUUUGAGCUGGCGCAGGCGUGGUACAAGCAGCUCCAGAAGCGUGCACGAGACGGGGAGCGGAUGGUGCCAGACGAGCUGCUCGCCUUCUUCACUGCGGAGGUGCUGCGGCAGGAGCGGUUGGGCGUGGACGCGGCGGUGGACGCCUCGCUGCGGCGAUGGAGUGUUUCGGAGGUGCUGUACUUCUUUUCUCGUCUGGGCACCGCUGAGGGCUUCGCGGGCGGGGUGGAAGGCGCGGCGGUGCUGCGGCAAGCCGGCUCGGCGUUGUGCUCCUACGCCGCGAAGGCCUCCGCCGCGCAGCUGGCAUCGUUGGUGGAGUGCUACGGCGCGGCACAGGUGCGCAACGACGAGUUCUGCGACGCGGCGGUGAGGCGGCUGUCGGAGUUGCUCGACGUGAGUCUCAUUACGGCGACACGCAACAUAAAUUUUGCUUCCUCUGGCAGUGCGGUUGCACGGCAAACAGAGGCAGCAGCGGCCACCACCUCCAUCACCGCUUUUGCUGCGGCGCCUUCCUACGCUUUGGACGCAAAUGGAAGGGAUCAGGGCAACGUCUCGGCAUCGACAACGACAACAGGCAGCGGCGACCCGGCGGCGGGCGCCUCUCCCGUAACCCUCUCGCAACUCACACAGCUCCUGCGCUCCUUUGCGUUGAUGGAGGUGCGCCAGACGAAGCCCUUCGUGGAUGCUGCGCCACACGUAACGCUGGCCGCCAACGCGGACCAAGGCAGCGCCGAGGAAGUGAGCCAGCUACUAGCGGCGUAUGCGAAGAUGCUCAUUUGGAACUACCCGGUGUUUCGCGCCUUGGCGGAACGCUUCUGUCGAAUCCGCAAAGAGGACGUGCAUCUAGAUCAGCUGCUCACGACGCAGCUGGCGAUGUUGCGGAUGGACGUCACGCUGCCGCCUGUCACGACGCGGUUCUUUGAAGCGCUGACGGAGCAAUACUCUCCUGAAAGGAGCGGGAAGGGGUCAAGUUUGAGCACCACGCUGAGGAGAGGCGCGAGUGAACCGGCGAAAUCGCGCAGGGAUGAGCUGAAGAGUGUGGUGAUGCAUCUCUCCGUGCUUUCCCGUGUGCGCACCUCCUCGCAUGUAAUCCCGCCUAACCCCAGUGUGAGUACCGGAAUCAUUGAGUUCAUCGUGAAGCACGCGAAACUGCUACGGAUCGAAGAGCUAGCAGAAGUGCUUCUUUCACUCGCACGACUGGAAGAGGGCAGGUCUGCUGCCUUCGAGGAACUCACCGUACGCACCUUAGGGCUGCUACCCACUGCACCCCCGCGCGUGAUGGCGCAUAUCGCGGAAGCCUAUGCACUGGCACGUCGCAGCGACGAUGCGGAGCUCUUCACGCUGAUCGCGGAGCGCACCGUGGCGAUGCGGCACGACAUGGCGGCCGUCACCAUCGCCAGUAUUCUCGCGUCUUUCGCCAAAGUGGGGGUUCGCAAUGACCGCCUCUUUAUUGAGGUGAUUCCGCGUGUCCGCCACGUCAGCACCUACGGCACCCCGCGGGACGUGGUGAAUGUGGUGAGCGCCUACGCUGCAGUCAACCUGUGGCAUUACAAGCUGUUUGCCCGGCUGGCGGACCGCGCUAUCCAGCUGCGUGCCGACUUCCGCGUGACGGAGCUGGUGCGGCUGCUCAACGCGUACGCCACCGUGCAGAUGCGGUACGAUGUCCUCUUCACGGAGUUCGCACCGCGUAUUCAGACCCUUGCGCAUUUGCUGGUGCCGUCGGACUUGGCGGGGAUUGUGUCCAGCUACAGUCAACUCAACAUUCCGUGUGUGCCGGUCUGGAAGGCCACCGCCUCCCGUGCGGUUGACGUGGCCGACGCCUUUACAGAGGAAGAAGCGGAGCAGCUUUUGGAUGCGUACUCGACGCAGGACUUCUACCACGAGGAGUGCGUGCGGGUGCUGACGGCGCGCUUCCCCGCACUGUCGAAGAUUCCUUUCAACAUAAAAGAGGCAGAAAAUACGGGGCCCAAGGCCGAGGAGGUCGCCGAUGACGAUGAACGACGUUGA